AUGACUGAGACCAAAAGACACGUGUUGAUGAUCGACAACUACGACUCGUUUACGUGGAAUUUGUACCAGUAUUUGAGUCAAUCUGACAAGUGUGGGAAGGUGGAUGUUGUGCGAAAUGAUGAAAUUUCCAUUAGUGGUAUUGAAGCUAUGAACCCUGAUAUUAUAUUCAUAUCUCCAGGUCCUGGACACCCCAGUACAGAUGCUGGGAUAUGUAAGGAUGCCAUUAGACACUUUGCUGGGAUCAAGCCUGUUUUUGGGGUUUGCAUGGGCCAACAAUGUAUGUAUGAAGUGUUUGGCGGUGAUGUUGGAUAUGCUGGAGAAAUCAUGCAUGGGAAAACUACUACUAUUAAACAUGAUGGUAUUGGGAUGUUUGAAAAUGUUCCACAAUCCAUUGCUGUUACUCGGUAUCACUCAUUGGCUGGACACGUUCAAACUUUACCUGAUGAAUUAGAAAUUACUGCUACUACAGAAACAGAAGUGCCCAUUAUUAUGGGUGUUAGACAUCGGAAAUACACUGUUGAAGGAGUUCAGUUUCAUCCCGAGUCAAUCUUGACCCAAUCAGGUCAAUUGAUGAUAGACAACAUUUUGUCUAUUCAUGGAGGUACUUGGGAAGAGAAUGCCAAAUAUCACGCCACAUAUACUCCUACUACUAAAGAAAAGAAGAAUAUCUUACAAAGAAUCUAUGAUCAAAGAAAGCUUGAUUACGAAAAGAUUGAGUCACUUCCUGGGAAAUCAUUUGGUGAUUUAGAAACCACUUUACAAAUGGGAAUUGCACCACCCGUGAUCAACUUUUAUGAACGUUUGACCAAAGAUAACAAAGGUUUGACUCCAAUUUUGGCUGAAUUCAAAAGAGCUUCACCUUCUAAGGGUGAUAUAAACAUCACUGCCCAUCCUGCCAAACAAGGAUUGUCGUAUGCCAGUAAUGGAUGUGCCACUAUUUCUGUUUUAACUGAACCCAAUUGGUUUAAAGGGUCCUUGGAAGACUUGGAACUCAUCCGUCGUGUUGUGGAUAGCCAAAAGAACAGACCAGCUAUAUUACGUAAGGAGUUUAUCUUUUCCAAAUAUCAAAUAGCUGAAGCAAGAUUAGCAGGAGCUGACACUGUGCUUUUAAUAGUCAAGAUGUUGGAACCCGAUUUAUUGGCACAAUUGUAUGACUAUUCACUUUCAUUGAACAUGGUGCCCUUAGUUGAAGUUAAUGACGAGAAGGAGUUGACCAUAGCUAUGCAAUUGGGUCACGUGAACGUUGAUCCAUUGGUGAUUGGAGUGAACAACCGGAACUUGACUACCUUUGAUGUUGAUUUGAAUACUACGUCCUCAUUGGUCAAACAUGCCAAAACUAGAUCCAAUGUAUUGGUAUUGGCAUUAUCUGGUAUCACCAGUGUUGAAGAUGUUAAAAAGUAUAAAUAUGAAGAUGGUGUUGAUGGGUUUCUUAUUGGAGAGAGCUUGAUGAGAGCAGAGGAGAAGGGAAUACUUGGAGAAUAUUUGCAUGAGUUGACUCACUGUUAA